UCCAGCUAGGAGUAUUAAGGCACCCUAGAGCCUGUUUACACUAUUAUACAGAUUUUACCAAAAAGUUUUAUAUGUACUAGUUUUGAUCGCAUAAGGUUUUAAAUGUUAGACGUCGUAAUGUAAACGGGACUUGAUUUGUUUUUGCACAGCUGCCUAAGUUUGUGAGAAAUAAGCCUCAUAAUAAUAAUACUAUUAUUAAUGCUAAUAAUAAAAUGCAGCUCUUAGACAGAACUUCCUGCUGACCGAGCACACAACAAACACUGGAAUUUAAGAGCCUUUUUUUUACUCCAAGAUCCAGAAGUCAUCUCAGAGAUGCAGAUGUUCUUCGAAGCUUCGAGCACUGUCACUUUGCUCUUUGAAUUCUGGAGUGUUAAUGGACCUGGAGGAAUGUUUCUCUCAGUCGUGGUGGUACUGCUGCUCACGGUAUUUUACGAGUUCCUUAAGGUGUGGAGUAUGGUUCUUGUAAAACGUUUUGAACCUCUUCUAGACACUUCUGUUCCUGCCACUUGCACAACUCCUCCCUGCUCAGAUUCUCCAGUGCUUAAACAUACAGAGAGCACUUCCUCAUUACCCAACAGUCCUUCCCAAGUUUCUCUGGCUCCCACAGAGAAUACAACUACCCCUGGUCUCGGCACUUCCACUGUUGAAAGGUUGCUUCUUCAUGGGGUCAGGACACUACUGCAUAUUGUUCAGGUGGUUCUCGGAUACAUGCUCAUGCUCUGCGUCAUGUCCUACAACGUCUGGAUAUUCCUCGGAGUGAUUGUUGGCUCUUUGUUAGGCUACUUCAUUGCUUACCCGCUUUUGGGACGUUAUAUGUUGUAACUGACCAGGGGGAAAGUCGAUGCUACUAAUCAGGGAUUUCUUUCCUUUUUCUUGUUCUAGAAUGACAAGUUGUACGUUACACUAAAGGGCUGCCGGUCUAGUGACAGAGUAGGUCAUGUGUUAGUAGCCAGUAUGCAGAAGUCAGAUGUUUUUAUAGUGCAUGGAAAUUUGCAUAGACAUGUUUUUUGUUGUUUUUUUAAAUAAUGUCAUCCUGUUAAUUAACUUAAUCAUAAAGCAACAUCAAAUUUUGUGCAAUUUUUAAAAGGUACGUUUUAUCGCACUGUGAAUUAAAAAUGCGGUUUUUACAUACAUGAUCAUUUUGCUCUACGUAUGCCAAUUUAGGGCUUUAGCUCUUGGACACCCUGUUCUGCUGGUGUCGGAUGACCUGAUAAUGGCUAGUAAGGUCAGAUCCAGUUAUACACAUAAUGUGUAGGUGCACAGAAACUUCUGCUCUGUGUGUCCAACAAAGGGAGCAUGUGAUAACCCGUAAUCAUUUAACUUCCUCCUUAAAUGAUUUAGUAAUAUUGUGAACUCCUUCGGUUGCAUAGCUUUCACAGCCUGUGACACACACGUACGCGAUACUCACGUCAGUGGCUUUUGUUUUCCUGUACAGGAAGUAAUAGUAAGAAAAAACAAUGUGAAAAUCAUGUGAGCUAAAAAAAAUAAAA